AUGGUAUUUACACGCGGAGGACAUCUCGCUUCACUACUAGCUGUACUGGCCCUCUUUGUCGAGUCGGCUAUCGGCGAAGCAAACUGUGAAGCAUCUACCUUUCAAGAUGUGAAGCUCUCGAAUGGAAAGAUCCUCAAUAUCGUCACACAAUUCCAUACAGGCCUUUCGUUCGAAGCCCCUGCAGAAGCGAAUCAUUACUCGGUCAAUGUGACAGAUCUUGACGCCUGCGAAGUAACUAUCACUUACACCUAUCCCGGCUACAACGAUACCAUCAACACUUCAGUAUGGUUGCCCGCUCACGGAAAGUGGACUGGACGAUUUCUCGGCGCAGGGGGUAGUGGGUGGUCCACAGGGCCGGACACUAAUACCACACUUCCUUGGGCAGCCAGUGAAGGCUUCGCUGUUGUCGCAACCGACGGCGGACAUACUGGUGGAGAUACCGAGUGGUCGCUAGUGAGUCCCGGAAACAUCAACUGGAUCCUUUUACAAGAUUUCUCUUCAAUAACAUUGAAUGAUGCUGCGACCCUUGGGAAAGCUGUUACCGAAAAGUACUAUGGUAAAGCACCAAGUUACAGCUACUGGAAUGGUUGCUCCACUGGUGGAAGACAAGGACACAUGAUGGCGCAGAGAUAUCCGGAUCAGUACGAUGGGAUUCUCGCGGCUGCGCCAGCAAUAUAUUGGAGUCAGUUGAUGCUGCAGCUUUUCUGGCCACAGGCUGUCAUGAACGAGAAUGGUAUGGGCUUUCCUACUCCAUGUGAGCUGGAGGUCAUCAAUACAGCUGCCAUUCAAGCCUGCGAUAAUCUCGACGGUCUCGAAGAUGGUAUCAUCUCUCUUCCUAAAGAGUGUUCUUUUGACCCAGCAACUGUCAUAGGAAAGGAAUACAUUUGCCCAUCAUCAAACAAGAGCACGAUAAUCACAGAAGCCGUGGCUACAGUAGCCCGACUCAUCUGGCAGGGUGCAACCACAUCCGAAGGCGACUUUCUGUGGUACCCGGAUAACAUCGGCGCUCCCUUCGGCGGCCUCGCUAAUACGACAUGUGAAAAUGGCACAUGUACUGGCGUCCCGUUCUUCUUACCCGAAAUCUGGAUCAGAGACUUCCUUACUCUUGAUCGCAAAUUUGACACCGCGCAGAUUAACAGAACAUACUUUGAGGAGCUCUUUCACCAAUCCGUUAACCUCUACGACUCGAUAAUAGGAACCUCAGACACGAAUCUUGACGGCUUCCGCAAAGCAGGUGGAAAACUGAUCAAUUGGCAGGGACUUGCUGACCAGUAUGUUUCACCUGAUACCACGACACACUACGUCAAAGAGGUGCAUGACCGCGACUCAAAUGCGAGUGAAUACUAUCGGUUUUUCGAGGCGCCGGGUAUAAACCAUUGUGGUGGUGGACUCGGAUGGUAUCCUGGCGAAGGGCUGAAAGCGCUCAUUGAAUGGGUGGAGAAUGGCGUGGCUCCAGAAACGCUUGCAGCGGAGACAUCAAAGGGAGGAAAUGCGAAUCUCUGCUUGUGGCCAAAACACUUGGUAUAUAUUGGGGGUGAUCCGGAUGAGUCGACUUCGUUCGAAUGCCAGUAG